AUGGGACACCUCACUGGCUGGCCGGCGUUUCCGGCCCAGGCGAAAGCAGCGAAGCCGGCUGCGCUGCUGCUCGCAAUCGUCCUGUCGUGCGCGUUGACUGAGGCGCUCCCGUACAGCCGGUCACGGCAGCACCACCGUGAUCCCCAUUAUGAAGCCAAUCGCACCGCCAUGAUUCAAGCGCUGGAGGGCACCUUCUCACAAGCGUCAACUGAAUCUACUCGGGAGAGCGUAGAGAACUGGCUCAUCAUCGGCUUGUUUCUCUUCAUCACCGCUUGUUCUCUAAUCUUUGAGCUGGUAUUCGAUACGACAGAAGAGUUCUUGGAGCGCACAGGCAUGAAGCCGCUUUUGAAGAUGCUUCAUGGAGCCUACAAAGAACUGACGAUUCUGGGUUUUAUUACCUUGACUCUUUUUGCUGCUGUGCGCCUCGGGCAAAUGCAGAAGGUCAACGAUCAGUAUUUGGGGGUCUCAGAAAUAGAAGCGGCGGCGCUGCGCGAAUCGGAAGAAGCCGGGGAGAGUACUUCGCCUCCGACCCAUUUGACCGAAGUAUUCGAGGAGGUGCAUAUACUAAUUUUCGUCGUGAUGUCGCUAUUCAUUCUCGCCGCAGCUGUAAUCACCUUAUCGGGUUACCGCCUUCUGAGAAAAUACGAAUACAUGGAUGCAAAGAGCGAGACAGAUCUCCGAAACGAUGUCACCACGUUGCAGACUACCGGGGGCGUCAGGGAGCAACACGUUGAUGAGUCACUCGAGUACUGGGCCCUUCGUGAAAGGUUCCUACACCCCACGAUACCACUGAUUCCCAGACCCAGAGCCCGGGAAACUGGCUACCCGCAAUUCUCCUUCUCCAGCUACAUCAGCUCGGUCUAUGGUGACAUAGUGUCGCAGAUGGUCGAGCUCCCCCCGUCUGUCAUCAUCACGUCGUUCCUUAUCAUUCUGCUCCUGCGUCCCGCCCUCGACCUAAAGGGAAGGGAGGUCAUUGCCUUCAUGAUUCUCGUCGCAUUCGCUCUUCUCGGAAUGACAACAUUAGCAAUGGUGUACAUCCGAUAUGUCAAUGACAAACUCCGUCCCGAUGCUGCCACGUUGCGGGCAUUCUUCGGAGAAGGCAGGGCUAGCAGCGACCAAAAUCGACAAGCUCUAACAGCCCCUAUAGAUGAAAGUGGCUACAUCAACUUCGAUCAAUUCAAGGCACUAAUCAUGCUCCUGGGACAACUUGGCGUGGCGCCGGAGGAGUACCAGGCGUUUCAAGAAAACCGGCUUCAGAAACUUUUUAGGUCUCUUGACACGGACAGUGACAACAAAAUAGUGAGGCCAAACGCUUAUUCGCGUCGAUUAUCAACUGUUAUCGCCGUUUCGCGCAGUCGAAAGGAGAGCUCCGGCAAACCCUUCAGGGGUAGGUCAUGA